AUGCCGCCAUGCGUGUCCCAAUGCCGCCAUGCGUGCCCCAAUGCCGCCAUGCGUGCCCCAAUGCCGCCAUGCGUGCCCCAAUGCCGCCAUGCGUGCCCCAAUGCCGCCAUGCGUGCCCCAGUGCCGCCAUGCGUGCCCCAAUGCUGCCAUGCGUCUCCCAAUGCCACACUCCCGGCCCCACGUGUGUGUUGGCAGGAGGGGCAGGGAGCGGAGGCGGGGCAGGAGGUGCUGGCGGAGCAGGCGGGGCGGCAGGCGGGGUUGGCGGGGCAGGUAGCUGCGGAGGCGGUGAGGAGCAACGAGGGCUACGUGGCGUUGGCGUGGGCCAGACGCACCGAGGCGCGCGGCGGGUGGUGGGACGGGCGACACAUGACGCAGCUCGUGGCGGCGGCCGGUUGGGACGGGCGCACUGGACGGCCCGCGCAGGGCACCUGCUCGGGAGAAGAUGCGCUCGGGGCGGGGGAGGCAGAGGGAAAGGACGCGGCGAGGGGCAAGGUGGCAGGGGGGAAGGCGAGCGGCAUCUCGAUGCUGCCGCCGGUGACGGCCCUGCCCCGCUACACUGCCUGGCGCGUUGCCUCCCACAACGGGGUGCGUGUGGACAUGUACGAGCAGGUGAAGCCAGGCGAGGACGAGGGGACGGACACGAGGGCCACGGCCACCACCACCCAUGGAGGGGCCUCGUGUGCUCCUGAGGAGCUCCCUUUCAG